CAAAGGCAAUUAAAGAAAGAUAUUCAGCAAAUAUAGCAAUUCCAUCUAAUAAAAAUGAAAACUUGUAUGAAGUUACUAAAGAAACACAAGAUUUAUUAGAUGAUUGGCAAGAAACUAUAGAUAGCUGGAUCGAAUCAUUAGAAUAUAAAAAUUUAUCUAAAUUAACUAUUCAACAUUAUUCUGAUAUAGAUAUUAAUUCUGAAUGCAAUGAAUUUGUUGAAGGUUUUAUUCAUCCUGUACAUGAUCUGACUACUAAAUGGAAGUUAGCAGAAUUGUUUGUAGAAGACUUAGAAGCACUGCUUUAUUUUUAUCAAUCUGAAAAUGA